AUGAUUGACACACUACACAUAAGACUCUCCUCCAGUCCUCUCUCUCUCUCUCUCUCUCUUUCACACAAAAUCUACUUUUCAAAUCUCAUCAGUCAUCACCCAUCAGUCCUUCAAUUACUUCUCAAAACCGAGACUCAUAAUGUUCAGCUUCAACCCCACAGAGACCCCAAACCAAACCACCACCACCACCACCAACCCUCUCAAGCACCUCUUUGACACCAUCUUCUCCUACAACGGCAAUGUCAUGCUCGCUGCCUUGGUCUCCCUCCUCCUCGUCAUUCUCUUCGUCCUCCUCCUCCACGUCUACGCCAAAUGGUUCUUAGCUCAAGCCCACCACCGCCGCCGCGGCUCCAUGGCCGUCUCCCGCCGCGUCCUCGGCCCCAACCGCUUCCAGCAUUUCCACACCUUCACCUUCGACCUGACUACCAACAAUCUCACCACCAAUACUCCCAAGGGUCUUGACUCCUCCACAAUCGCCACCAUUCCUUUGUUUGUGUACAAAUCUGAAGAGGAGCAUUUUCACCAGCACGUGGAGUGUGUCAUUUGUCUGAGCCCAUUUGAGGACGACGACGUCGGCCGGUGCUUGCCCAAAUGCGGCCACUGCUUUCACGUCGAGUGCAUCGAUAUGUGGUUGCAUUCGCACAUGAGCUGCCCGAUUUGCCGAGCUCCGGUAGUCGCACCGGCACAGUCUGAUCAGGUCAAACCUGAGGUGGUGGGUGAGGAAUCUGCAGCGGAAGCAGUAGUUAUUGAAGUUUCGGACUCUGGGUAUGUUGAGAAUAAUCAUGAUGGUGUUGAAGAAACUAGUGCUGAUUCCUUAUCGGAUGAAUCUUCGUCUUCGCCAUUGAUCGUGGGUUGUUCGUUGAAGAGAAUGCUGAGCAGGAAUAGACCAGAAAGCAAGGUGUUCCCAUCUACAAAUGGGAAUGAUGUGAGUGUUUGAAUCUUGAACCAUCUUGUAUAGAUAUUUCUUGCGAGUAGUACAAUCGAAUCUUUGUAUUCGAAGGAAAUGGUGGAAUUUGCUGUUUUGGUGCAAA